CCAACCAUAACUUGUUACUACUCUAGCCAGGAAAAAAGGUACUGAGAAGAAGAGUAUAAAACAUUAUACAUAUCAAAUGUAGUUCUUGAAGUUAUAUGCAGGUUUCUUCAGUGGCAGCCAUGGCAGCAUCCCAUGCAGCUUUGGCUUCCUCCAGAAUCCCGACAACAACCAGAUUUCAUUCCAAGGCAUCCCAUUCAUUUCCUGCUCAGUGCUUCUCUAAGAAGCUCGAGGUAGCAGAAUUUUCGGGGCUUAGGUCAAAUGGAUGUGUGACAUAUGCCAAGAGCGCCAAGGAGGCCUCUUUCUUUGAUUUGGUGGCUGCCCAGCUCACAUCAAACAUUGCAGGAUCAGCACCUGUUAAGGGACAGACCGUCGCCAAGUUGAAGGUCGCUAUAAAUGGAUUUGGGCGCAUCGGUAGGAACUUCCUCCGCUGCUGGCAUGGCCGUAAAGAUUCACCUUUGGAGGUUAUCGUGGUCAAUGACAGUGGUGGUGUAAAAAAUGCUUCUCACUUACUCAAGUAUGAUUCGAUGCUCGGCACCUUCAAGGCAGAUGUUAAGGUAGUCGACAACGAGACCAUCAGCGUAGAUGGGAAGCCCGUUAAGGUUGUCUCCAACCGUGACCCUCUCAAACUUCCAUGGGCUGAACUUGGGGUCGACAUUGUUAUUGAGGGGACGGGUGUUUUUGUCGAUGGCCCCGGAGCGGGUAAGCACAUCCAAGCUGGAGCCAAAAAGGUCAUCAUCACAGCUCCAGCAAAAGGCGCUGACAUUCCUACCUAUGUUGUCGGCGUAAACGAGCAGGACUACUCUCACGAGGUUGCUAACAUCAUAAGCAACGCUUCUUGCACCACCAACUGCUUGGCUCCCUUUGUUAAAAUCAUGGACGAAGAAUUCGGGAUUGUGAAGGGCACAAUGACAACAACUCAUUCCUACACCGGCGAUCAGAGGCUUCUUGAUGCGUCGCACCGGGACCUGAGGAGAGCGAGAGCCGCGGCGCUGAACAUUGUGCCGACGAGCACAGGCGCAGCCAAGGCGGUGUCUCUGGUGCUGCCUCAGCUGAAGGGGAAGCUGAACGGCAUCGCGCUACGUGUGCCUACGCCGAAUGUGUCGGUCGUCGACCUGGUUGUGAACGUGGAGAAGAAAGGAAUCAGCGCAGAGGACGUGAACGAAGCCUUCAGGGCGGCAGCCAACGGUCCGCUGGCGGGGAUACUGGCAGUGUGCGAUGUCCCCCUGGUUUCGGUAGACUUCCGGUGCAGCGACGUGUCGUCGACCAUCGAUUCAUCGCUGACGAUGGUGAUGGGCGACGACAUGGUGAAGGUGGUGGCGUGGUACGACAACGAGUGGGGAUACAGCCAGCGGGUGGUCGACUUGGCGCAUCUGGUGGCCGAGCAGUGGCCGGGGGCGGCGCCGGGGAAGGGGACCGGAGACGCCUUGGAGGAGUAUUGCCAGACCAGCCCUGCGGACAAGGAGUGCAAAGUUUAUGAAGCUUAGUUGAUGAACAACGUGACAAUUCAAGGUAAGGUGUUGCUAAUUAUGAGUUAGAUGAGGGUUGUAAUUCUAGGAUUUUGUUGCGACAUGAAAUGAAAUUAUAUAUUUGGGGUGUGUUU